AUGACGGAAACAGAUGCAACAAAGCGGCCACUGCAAAUGCCAGAAAAAUUUAUUCCAUAUCUGGAGAAACACAGGAUGUACAAACUAUUUAAAGACAUGAUGCAAGACUUGAUAAUCAACUUACCGCAGGACCAUUUGAAGCAUAUGAAGAUGUUCCUUAGUCAACGCACACACCUCGCUAAGGAUCCGGAUCGAGUCAUUAUCUUAGUUUCACCUGAGCUCAAUAUUGAUACAAAAAGCAUCGUCAAAGACCUAAUUAAAGACCUUGGUUUCUUUGUAAUCACACGCCGCUACGUGAUGGAUCGCUACGAGGAGAGCGAUAAGUACGUGCCGGGUUGCGUUUCGCCGGUGCUGAUGGCCGAAGUCACCAAGUCUCUUGUGACGAAACAUCCGGUAGCACAGGGGAGUUGGCUCAUGUUUGACCACCCAUGUACAGUCCGUGAGGCGCGUUGCCUGCAACAGUUGGGCGUGUUGCCAACCGUCACGUUAGUGCUGAUGCCUCCGCCGCCACAGGCUCCGCGGACAGAGAACCCACACACGCCUGCUCGCGGGUUCUUCCAGCAGGACUUCGAGGGACUCAAAUUCGCUUACAAGGCUACAUUAAAGGAGGUCCACAUCCAUCCAAAUGAGGACACGAAGGCGGUGGAAGCGAAGUGUGUGAAUGCAAUUCGUGCGUCAGCGGGCGGGGCUCAGGGAGCGGGUCAGUCGCUACAGGCCUUGGGUGCUCCCGGAGUGUACCGCGUGCUGCUACUGGGUCCGCGCGGUAGUGGCAGAAAGCGGCAAGCAGUUUCGCUCGCCGAACGCUUUGGACUCGUGAACUUGAACUUCGACGAUCUUUACAAAGUGGCCAUGCUAGGAGAAGACGAAAUAGGUGAAAAACUACGUAACUACGGCUGUAGCAAUCGGCUAAAGGCCGACAUUGUAAGGCGUCGGUUGGCCAAAAAGGAUUGCAUUGAUAACGGUUGGGUCCUCACUGGAUACCCGAACUCCGGCGCCGACUUCGAGAUGUUUGAGAACAUGCCCACGCCGCCGAAUCGGGUUAUAUUCUUGAACGCGGACUGGAAGACGUGUAAAGAUCGAAUCCUCUCGCGCGGCGUGGACUGCUGCACGGGAGCACCGGCGCCGCUCGGGUCCGGGCCACGCGUGCUUGCGCACCCUGCUGACAAUGAGGAGCAGCUGGAAAAGGAGUUGGACGCAUACUUUUCCGAAACUCUGGCAGAGCUCCGAGCAGCUGCCGGCAUUACCGCUGUUGAAAUAGACGCACUUAAACCUUUUGAUCAAGUUCAAACGGAAAUUCAAGCAGCCGUCAUGGCCGCACCAGCUUUCAACAUUGAAUUCGGUGCACAGCUGAGUAACGUCCGCGCCGAUUAG